UGUAUGGUGAAAGAAAGGUGAAAAUGUCUGCGCUCCGGAAGAAAUUAGGAAGCGACUAUCAGGUAGUGACCACUACAUCGUCCAGCCAUCUGAAGGACAAGAGGCGGAAACGACAGCGAUUCGUGGACAAAAAUGGCCGCUGUAAUGUCCAACAUGGAAACCUGGGUGGAGAGACCAGCAGAUAUCUGUCUGACUUAUUCACAACGUUAGUAGAUCUUAAAUGGCGCUGGAACCUGUUCAUAUUCAUUCUCACCUACACGGUGGCCUGGUUAUUCAUGGCCUCAAUGUGGUGGGUCAUUGCAUACAUCAGAGGAGACCUUAACCGAGCCCAUGAUGAGAAGUACACGCCGUGUGUGGCCAACGUCUAUAACUUCCCCUCUGCAUUCCUCUUCUUCAUUGAGACAGAAGCCACCAUUGGUUACGGCCACAGAUACAUCACUGAUAAAUGUCCAGAAGGAAUUAUUCUGUUCCUCUUUCAGUCCAUCCUGGGCUCCAUAGUGGAUGCCUUUUUAAUAGGCUGUAUGUUUAUUAAGAUGUCUCAACCCAAGAAGAGGGCAGAGACUCUGAUGUUCAGUGAAAAUGCUGCAAUCUCCACACGGGAUGGAAAACUCACUCUGAUGUUUAGGGUUGGCAAUCUGCGUAACAGCCACAUGGUCUCGGCCCAGAUCCGCUGUAAAUUACUCAAGUCCCGGCAGACGCCCGAGGGUGAGUUCCUACCUCUGGAUCAGCUGGAGUUGGAUGUGGGCUUUAGCACCGGAGCAGACCAGCUCUUCCUCGUGUCACCGCUCACGAUCUGUCAUGUGAUCGACAUCAAGAGCCCCUUCUACGAGCUCUCGCAGCAGUCCAUGCAGACAGAGCAGUUUGAAAUAGUAGUGAUUUUGGAGGGUAUAGUCGAAACGACCGGCAUGACUUGUCAAGCACGGACAUCAUACACCGAGGAUGAGGUGCUGUGGGGCCACCGAUUUUUUCCGGUCAUCUCUCUGGAGGAGGGCUUCUUCAAAGUGGAUUAUUCUCAGUUCCACGCCACAUUUGAGGUUCCCACAUCCUCCUCCAGUGCAAAAGAGCAGGACGAAGCAUUACUCAUGUCAUCUCCGCUAAUGGCCCCAUCUCUGUGCAACAGCGGGGAAAAGAACAGCUCCCUGGACCGCCUGGAGCUGCUGGAGGAUCCCGAGAGCACCACCAAAUUACCGGCCAAACUGCAGAAGAUGACAGGCAGUUACGGGCUGCCCAGGAAACUCUUAAGGAUGAGCUCCACCACAUCAGAGAUGACGUACAGCCUUAGAGAACUGCCUAUGAAACUCCAGCGCAUCAGUUCAGUGCCUGGAGUCUCUGAGGAGAUGCAGGUUAGCAAGACGACUAAGAUCACCACAGAGGCCAUCAGUAAAUCAGUUGCAGACUUGCCCCCGAAACUGCAGAGAAUGGCAGGGGGAGGGGGUCGCAUGGAUGGACACUUGCCCCCCAAACUCCGAAAGAUGAACUCUGACCGAUUCACAUAGAAGAACUGACCUCUGACCCCAAAAUAAUGAACAUCUGACUCAGCUGCUGCGAAAAAGGACCCUCUUGUAUUCUGAGAUAUAUAGUGUUUGUGGGUGAAUCUCACAAAAACAUGUCCAGCGCACUAUUCACUCCAAAGUAUAAAGGAAAAAAAUUAAAAAAUUAUAUUUGCAUAAAGAAAAUUAGGCCCAUUUUCAGCUUCAUGAAAUUACGUGAUGUGCCAUUUUUGCUAAAUGAUAUAAUGUGCUUCUUUAUACGUAUCGCAGCAGUUCUGAUGUGAAAUGUAUACUGUGUGGCACAAAAAGCAAGUACAAUUUUCACCCAAACAGAUGAGGUUUUUAAGGUUAAAGCUCUAUCAAGUUUUAAAUAAACAAAACCAUCUUCCCUACCCUAAACCUUAAACCUAAACCUAACCAAUAGUGUCAUGAAAGCAAAUAAAAACACAGUUGCUGAAGCAACCACGUCAUUUUCUAGUGCUUCUAUGACACUUUCGGCUGUUGACUCACAUUCUCUUCAGGACUCAUACAUCGCAAGUGCAACGCUCUAUUAGUUGAGCUACCAUGCUAUUUGAUCACACUUGAAUAAGCUUGUAAAUGUAGUUGGUUAUGCAGUGCAAACGUUAAAAUGUAUCACCUUACAAGUCAUGCUCUGUAGUAAAAGUGUUUAGAUGUCAUAAGAUAGCAUUGUGUGAGGAACAGAGCGAAACGUUAGUGCUUAUGAACUGAUAAUCUGCAGUUUUAAUCUUGAUUUAUGUGAAAGUAAAUAAAAGUAAUUGUUUUAG